UGGGUUCAAACAAUAGUUGAGCACUGGUGAUUGUGUUGGUGAUUAUAGUGCAGGGUAUGUAGAAGCAGAUUCUGGUUUAGUCUGUAUACUUUGGCUUGACAAACAAACUGAGAGGAUGGACCUUUGGACUGAUACCAUUUUUAGACCUUAGGGAAGUACAGAAUGUAACUGUUGGUCAACAGGAAUUACUUAAUAUUGUUUCUAAGUCAGUGGAGCUGGCUGUGCUGGCUUUAGUAAGGUAUUUACUAAGCUGUGGAGUUAUUGGUUAAAAAGUGAAUCUGUUUCCUGAUGAGGUGGAAAAAUUACCUCUUUAUCAGUCAAAACUUGAGCAUAUAGUGAACUACAGAGCCUUUGAUCACAUCAGAAUGUUUAUAUUAUGUGAAACAGUUUUUCUGCUAUUGAAUUUAUUCUAUUCUGCUAUAGAAUUUAAUAUUUUCUUUUUAAAAAAUCCACAAACUUUAAAGAAUGAGAGUGUCACACCUUCAAACUUAGAACUGUUUGCUACUUCUCCCUAGCUUUCUGACUAAUCUACUAAGAAGGCAAAAUGGAGAUUAAUUUUAAGUAAUUGUAGGAUACUGGAGUUUGACUUGCAGGCCCAGUCUUGAAACAGAGCACUGUGUUUAUGAAGAUCUUUAUAUAGUUGCUUAUUAGUGUGCUCAAAAUACCUGCUUGCAGUGAAGCUUCUUGUUCAUUGAAGGGAGGACCUGUUCCAGGAGCUCUUAAAACCUUCAAAAACUUCCAUGUGCUUCUUGUUUACUGCAUGAUUCAAUGAGGCUUUUCUGAGCUUCUCAUAGGACAUCCUUGGAGAGUCAAUUUGGUCCUGUAUUAAAAAACAAGUUCUGGACGAGUGGUAUGGGCAAGGAGUGCAGUCUGCCGCGCACAGUCCAGUAACUGGGAACGAAGAUCUGGGAUGAGAGCUGUCCACAGCCCUCUCCUUACAGCUACACCCACUCUGCUUUCUUCCCUCUUGUCUUUUCAGUUUCACUCUAGCAUAAGAACCAUGAGUAAUUAUUUUGCGUUGAUGAAGGUCUGGUUGAAAAGAAAGCAAGAUAACUUUUAAGUUGUAGCAGCCAUGGCUCAGAGAGAAAUAUAGGAGAUGAUGGAAGCAGCCUCUAUAUGCUUUCCCCAGCAGCAAUAAUAAUGCCUGGUGUGUGUCAGGUGCUUCUGCUCCUUUCCUGUUUCUGUAGGUGUCAGAGAGAUGCACUGGCUCAAUUCCCGUGCAUGGAACACGUAGUGUAAUGCCGGUGAUCCCCGCUGUUGCCAUACAGCUGCUGUGUGCCGGGUUACGGGUGUCUGCCGCCCGCGGGGCUGCUCUCGGCUGGGAGCACGGCUGGGAGCACGGAGCGGGGCAGGGAGUACGGCGUGCCUGUCGCUGUAGUUCCUCUCGGCUCUGCCGAGGCAUUAAGGGGAGGGCUCUUGCAGUUCCUUGCAUCACAACAACGAACAGCGCCAUCACCUUAUGCUGAUGUGUCCUUCUCCUCAGAGAAGGAGGGUAUAAAUAGCAGUAGAGUGUAUAAGGCAUAACACCGAUGUUAAGCUGUUGGAUAAAAUCUGUCUCAACCUUGGGAGAAGGAAUAAGGAUUUAGUCAAGAGAGCCACAUGAGGCAGUUCUCCUUUGCUGUUUCUGAUGUUUCUGUUCAAGUAAAGUGAAGACAAAGGCAUAUAAAUAAAAGCAACAGUAUAAAAACGGCUGUUGAAGGAAGUGGGAGACAAAGCAAAAAGCCAUAUGGAAAAGAUGCUUGCUGCAUCACGUGCUGGUGAAUAUAUCAGUUUACUUAAGGAUUACCUGGUUGAGGGGAGAUCAAUCAUCUGUAUUUUUCUAACCUAGACCAAAGGUUAUUUCCCUCUAGUUGUUACUCAGUGUAAAAUGAGCCUGUGUUAUCCUUGAGUUAAGCAUAGGCUGUGCAGUAGCACUUAACAAGGAGCCGUGCUGGCAUUGCAACCUACUGGAUGUGAGAAGUUGAUUGAGUUUGGUGGAAUUCAGUUUAAAAAAUUUCCUUCCUGUUCAGGUCAGCUGUGGCAGCUAACCUGAAAGUACCAAAGAAUUUUUGUAAAAAAAAAGUUUGCUGUAAUUCUAGCUACAUCUCAACUCUUACCAAGACUGAUUCUAAAGGUGAAUACUGUUCUAAGCCUUAGAAGGUCUCAGGCAAUCACCAGAGGCCCUCCUACAAAAAAUGAAAUGAUUAUUGGCUGUCAGAUAAGAGCCCUUAGACAUUUCAGGAGGUGAGUUCCAAAGUCCCAGUUUUCCCAUGAAAUUAUUUAUUCCUUUCCAGGAAACCUUGCCUGAUACUUUCUGCUCUACUUUGGACUCUGGUGGGUUAACUGUUGCUGGCAUUUGGAGCUUGAGAGAUUGCCAUAUGCAAUGGACACUGAUCUCAGUUCCCAAGACAGGAAGGACCUGGACAAGUUCAUCAAAUUUUUUGCUUUAAAGACAGUACAAGUAAUUGUCCAGGCCCGACUUGGAGAGAAAAUCUGUACCCGCUCAUCAUCCUCCCCAACAGGUUCUGACUGGUUCAAUUUGGCAAUCAAAGAUAUACCAGAGGUUACUCAUGAAGCAAAGAAAGCCCUGGCAGGACAGCUGCCCGCUGUUGGACGGUCUAUGUGCGUGGAGAUUUCUCUCAAAACCUCAGAGGGGGACUCCAUGGAGCUGGAAAUUUGGUGUCUGGAAAUGAAUGAAAAGUGUGACAAAGAAAUCAAAGUUUCAUACACUGUAUACAACAGACUUUCUCUAUUGCUGAAGUCUUUGCUUGCUAUAACCAGAGUAACUCCAGCCUACAGACUCUCUAGGAAACAAGGCCAUGAAUAUGUAAUAUUGUACAGGAUAUAUUUUGGUGAAGUCCAGCUGAGUGGCUUGGGAGAAGGUUUCCAGACAGUCCGUGUUGGGACAGUGGGUACCCCAGUGGGCACCAUCACUUUGUCGUGUGCCUACAGAAUCAACCUUGCUUUCAUGUCAACCAGACAGUUUGAGAGGACCCCUCCUAUCAUGGGGAUUAUAAUUGAUCACUUUGUGGACCGUCCCUAUCCCAGCUCUUCACCCAUGCAUCCCUGCAAUUACAGAGCUGGUGAGGACAAUGGUGCAGUAUACCCCUCAGUAGAAGAUUCCCAAGAAGUGUGUACCACAUCUUUUUCCACCUCUCCUCCAUCUCAGUGUGUUUUUACUGUCACAAAGGCACAUUUUCAGACCCCUCCUCCUGUGGUGACGGACACCUUGAAGGUCCCAGUGAUGGGGCUGGCCUUUUCCCAUCAACUUUCCAGCUCACGUCUUUCCUAUCAGCCUGCUGCCCUGGGAGUUGGAUCAGCUGACAUGGGGUAUCCUGUACUCUUUGCUGGUGGCUUGAAUGCUGCACACCCUCACCAGUUGAUUGGUCCAGGCAAAGAAGGGGGAGUUCCCCCAGUUCCUAGCCAGCCAGCACAUGGCACUCAAGCUGACCAAGAGAGGAUGUGCACCCCACUGGAGGGAGUCCAUUACUCAGCAGCUACUCCUUCUAGCAGUGAGGACACAGAAACAGUAUCCAACAGCAGUGAAGGAAAGUGUGGCUCCCCACACGACCUUUUGGAGACCAUCUUUAUCCGGAAGGUGGGAGCUUUUGUCAACAAACCCAUUAACCAGGUGACCAUGGCCAACUUAGACAUUCCUUUUGCCAUGUUUGCUCCCAAGAAUGUUGAGCUGGAAGAUAACGACCCCAUGGUCAAUCCUCCUGAAUCCCCAGAAACGGAAUCUCCUCUACAUGGCAGCUUACACUCAGAGGGCUCCAGUGGCAGCAGCACAGGGAACACCCAUGAUGACUUUGUUAUGGUCGACUUUAAACCAGCAUUUUCAAAAGAUGACAUUCUUCCAAUGGACCUGGGGACAUUUUACCGUGAAUUUCAGAACCCCCCUCAACUCAGCAGCCUCUCCAUUGACAUUGGAGCACAGUCCAUGGCAGAGGAUUUGGUAUGGAAUCCUGAAAUUUCUGACUCAUUACCAGAGAAGCUGGCAGUCCAUGAGAAAAAUGUCAAAGAAUUUGAUGCUUUUGUGGAAACCUUGCAGUGAAGCUGUUUCCCAGUUCUGAUGCAGCAAUUCUUCCUCCUCAAGGCAUUCUGGAGAGGACAUCAACAAAUAUCUCUAUCGCCCCUGCUCUGCCUUUUGUUCACAUUGACUAGUUCCCUCCAUCAAGUGAGCUUUCUUUUCUCUCUUCAAUGACAGAUACGGCUCAUCUGCUGAUUCUCCUCAACUUUUCCACCACAUAGUUCUGGACCGCUUUUCCUGCUCACAGUCAGUUUUAAGACUUCAGUAGGGACACAGGAAGUCAAACCCCAGUGUAUGGAAACUUACUUUCUCUUCAGUCUGUGUUCUGUAUGGAGGGGCGUUGUGGAAAGUUGCCAUAUGCUUCCUCCAAGGGUCCUAUGGUGCAAGUUUCCUAGGUAGAGCUUCUUGCUAACAGACUUUUUCCUGCAGUCUCUGAUCCUGUUAGAGCAUAGAAAGCUUUGGCUUAUUUCCAGGGUCUGUGAGUUCAGCAAAUUCAACUGUUUGAAGUCCAUUCCACAGAACUGGGCAUUUCAUCCUGACUUCAGAGUGCGUGCUUGGAGCACAGGGAGAGACGUCAGCUUUGGGACCUGCAUAAUCCAAGUUACCUUUGUUUUCCUGCUUCUAAGGAAUUGGGUCUCUACACUGUGCAAGGCCCUCUGUUAGGUGGCUGAUAGGCAGGAAUGAAACUACAGGAAUGCUUUCCACAUUUCCUUCCCGAGUGCACUGACACUCGGCCAUGCUGAGUUUAACAGUGUUGACUGUUGGCAAGCCUGCACGUAGCAGCUGUGAUGAUGCUGAAUUCAUAGUCUCUAGUUUUGAAACAUAACUGUAAAUACUAGGAAUCCUAUUUCUUUAGGGUUAUGUAACUAGGAGUCUUAGUCCAAGAUUUUUUCCUCUAAUCCUUGCAAACCUUCCUGCUUUAUGGUUAAUAGAUGAUCUUAAGAAUUAAAAAAUAUUUAUUGCUUUUAAAGAAACCUAUAUUUAAAAGAUGUUCUGUUUUCAUGUUAUAGUGCGGGUCAUUCUGUCCUGAUCACUGCAGAGAGCAAGUGUGCCAUGGAACCCUAGCCAGUGAGGCUAGUCUCUCUUUCCAAGAAAAUAUCAAAGAUAUUUAUUUUCUAAGACAGACUUGAUUAAUAUUAUACUCUGUUUGGGGGACUGUGUGUCCAUUACAUCCAGCCAGGGCUCACUGAUAGAAUGAAAUGCACACGUCAGUGGAAUGGAGUGGCAGGGACUUGGUAAAAAGCUGUCUCCUGAUAGGCAUGGAUGAAUUUGUAGUGUUCUUUUGCCAUUCAGAAGGCAGCUUCUUUAAAGAAGCACACUUUUUUGGGAAGCUUAUGGUACUUUUUAAUCAGCUGGCUUUCGAGUAGCUGAAAUUUUAUUUUUGUAAUAAUCCAGCCACUGACAGUGUGACUGGCUGGAAUUGCUCUUUGGGUGAUUUGGCUGUUGCAUGUCUUCUGCCUCAUGUAAGGAUGGGAGGAGAAACAGUGACACUAAACAGAAACUUGGAUAAGGUGGGGUUUCUUGUGGUUCUCUCUCUUCCUGCCCCGUGUAACUAGAGUGUGCAACUGCAAGACCCCUUACUGUCCAAAACCACUUCUUUUCCCCCUAGUUUCUUUUAAGUGGAGUUGUGUUGCUUGAGCACUGAGAAACCAUCUUAAUUUCCUCAGAGUGGCUGAGUAACCAGCCUUCUAGUUGGUGCAAUGUGGCAGCUUCAGCUUAGCUGCAUUCUUCAUUGGAAGAGAUUGCCUGCAGCUGAUGAGGGAACCCCAGCUCCACUCUGGGACACUAUUUCUGUGUCACUGCUAGAGCAAGGAGCCAAAUUCAGAGCAGCUUACUAUAAGGCCAGAGCAAAGCAAUGCUUUGAAGUUUAUGAGUAUUUUUGUCGAGAGAUGUGUUUGGUGGGAGGCCUUGUAAGUUCUAAAACUCCAGGUAAGAGCUUCAUUGAAGGAAAAUUACCCACCAGAACCUUUUUAUUUUACUCAACUGAUUCAACUUCUUAGCAACCUCACAUGGAAAUUGCUUUGUCCAUGCAAAGUAAGAUGCAGAAACAUUUAAGAAAGGUUCCAAGAUGAAACAGUUUGUAACAGGACUUCAGUUACACAGGCUGUAACAAAUACUUGAUACCCAUCCAAAAGCCACCUUGUUUCACAGGUGGAAAGGGUCACAGAAGGGUGCUGGAACAAGGAAUUAAAUGGAUCAACCUGUGCUCAGGAAGUUGGUCUGCCACUUUGUAGGAAGUAGUUCAUAGGUGGUUGUCAACUUUAGUCUCUGAAGUGAUACAAUCUGGGCUGCAGAGCAGCAGAGAUGAGGCAAAGGGCUGGUUCACACCAUAUGAAUAGAGAACAGUUGAGGUUGAAGUUCAUCUAGCCAGCACUCCUGCUGUGCUCUUCUGCUGACAAGCUGUGGAGCUGGCAGGGAGCACUGCCAUUCUUGUUAACCCCACCCAGGAGGUCAGGGCUUGUACUUGUGCUCCUUCAUUGUUGGAGUUCCUAACAUGGCUACAGCUCUCACAUCUCAUAAGGCAAAAUGGCAUUGUGGCACAUAUUCUUCUCUUCAAAAGGCUGGAAAAUUGCCUAUAUAAGCUGCUAGUGUUGAGCUGGAUGGCCACAGCAAUAAGAGAGUCUCCAGGGCUGAGUUACCUGCCUCUUCUCUGGAGUGUCUUCAGUUUUAACACACAGUUGCUACAUCUAGGCUCUGAGUUCCCUGACCACUGCACAAAUGCUCUGCUUCCGUAAAGACCUAGCUGCUGCUCUGGCCUGCCACAGAUUGUGUAAUGAAGGCUGUUUAUUUUAGCAGCUCUCUGCUCUGCUGAAUAUUAAGGACAGUAUCUAUGUAGCUGCUGAUUUACAGAUACUUUGGGUGGAGGGGAAGGUUCCUCAAGUGUAUUAUUUUGGAAAGUCUCCAGUGUACUUCAAGUAUUCAAAGAAUUUCCAAUAAAACUUUUGUGUAAGCAA